CAUCUGUCAAAUGUCAACCAAAGCGAGAGAGACAUAUUUUGGGAAAAUAAUUUUGGCGCUGUGUACGGUAGGUACUGUAUGUUAAUACGAUGCUAAUAUUAAAGCCGUAUCUACGAUAACGAAACACGAUGACGUGUGCUUUGCCGUAAGUGAAAGUAACAUAACAGUGGUAGGAGUUAUAGGCGAAGGCCUUCAAUUAGUUUGUGUAUUGUGUUACUUCCAAGUCUCAGUAUCUCGUUGGCAUUGGUUUCGUGCGCUCGGGUAUACGUGAACGCUCUCCGAUCACAAUGUGUGGAAUUUUUGCGUACAUCAACCAUCUAACACCAAAAACCCGCAAGGAAAUUUUGGAAUUGCUCGUGAAUGGUUUGAAGCGCUUAGAAUACCGAGGAUACGAUUCGGCGGGUGUAGCUAUCGAUGCCUCGGAUAAUAAAGACAUCGCCGUAGUCAAAAAGAGCGGCAAAGUCGCUGCACUCGAGGAGCUGUUACAACAACAGAGUGGUGAACUAUCAGUGGAAGACAGUGUAGAGUCGCACUGCGGCAUCGCUCAUACCCGCUGGGCUACUCAUGGAGAACCCAGCUCCGUCAACUCUCACCCUCAACGCUCCGGUGAAGAUAACUCUUUUGUCGUUAUCCAUAAUGGAAUUAUCACUAAUUACAAGGCAGUCAAGACAUUCCUUGAAAACAAAGGAUAUGUGUUUGAGUCCCAGACCGAUACUGAAGCUAUUGCUAAAUUGGUGCACCAUAUUUAUAACCAGCACAAGGAUUACAACUUCCAGGAGCUCAUUGAACAGGUAAUCCAGCAGCUUGAAGGUGCAUUUGCAUUGUGUUUCAAAUCACGUCACUUUCCUAAUGAAUGUGUUGCCACCCGUCGUGGUAGCCCUUUGCUGGUCGGUAUUAAGACGAGGCGCCGUCUUUCGAGUGAUCAUGUCCCCAUUAUGUACACUAACAACAAGGCCACCAGAGGAGUGGUACCCACUGUGCCCCGCACCAAUAGCCAUGCUCAGUUCCAACCGGAAGAAGAGCGUGAAGUUGAGUACUUCUUUGCGUCUGAUGCCUCAGCUGUUAUUGAGCAUACAAACAGAGUGCUCUAUUUUGAAGAUGAUGAUGUAGCACAUAUCAAAGAUGGAGUUCUGAGCAUUCAUCGUAUGUCCGGUAGCAGCUCUGAUCCACACCAGAGGGAAAUUCUGACAUUGAAAUUGGAAUUGCAGCAAAUAAUGAAAGGUAACUAUGAUUGUUUCAUGCAGAAGGAAAUUUUUGAGCAAACAGAAUCUAUUGUUAAUACCAUGAGAGGACGUCUUAACUUUGCUGAUGGAACAGUAACAUUGGGUGGCAUAAAAGACUAUAUUCCUGAAAUUAAGAGAUGCAGAAGAUUGAUGUUGAUUGGAUGUGGUACAAGCUACCACAGUGCGGUUGCUACACGUCAGCUGCUUGAGGAGCUUACAGAGUUGCCAGUUAUGGUUGAAUUAGCUUCCGACUUUUUAGACAGAAAUACACCUGUAUUUAGAGAUGAUGUCUGCUUUUUCAUUUCACAAUCUGGGGAGACAGCAGACACUUUGAUGGCUUUACGGUACUGUAAAAAGCAUGGAGCAUUGAUAGUUGGAAUCACUAACACUGUAGGCAGUUCUAUUUGUCGUGAAUCCCACUGUGGUGUUCACAUUAAUGCUGGCCCUGAAAUCGGCGUUGCCUCCACCAAAGCCUACACUUCACAGUUUGUUUCUCUUGUAAUGUUUGCAUUGGUCAUAAGUGAGGAUCGUAUUUCAUUGCAAAAGAGGAGAAUGGAUAUCAUUGCAGGACUACAUGAACUGGAUUCAAAAAUUAGGCAAGUCUUGGCAUUGGAUGAUAAGGUUAAGUCAUUGGCAGAAGAUUUAUAUCGCCAACGUUCUUUACUCAUCAUGGGUCGUGGGUACAAUUUUGCAACCUGCUUAGAAGGAGCAUUGAAAGUUAAGGAGUUGACGUAUAUGCACAGUGAAGGUAUUAUGGCAGGAGAGCUGAAACAUGGACCCUUGGCCCUCAUUGAUGACUCCAUGCCUGUGAUGAUGAUAGUCAUGCGUGAUCCUGUAUAUACUAAGUGCAUGAAUGCACUUCAACAAGUCACGGCGCGUCAAGGUCGCCCCAUUGUUAUUUGUGAAGAUGGUGAUACAGAAACGGUGGCUCUUGCAUCUCGUGUGCUGGAAAUUCCUAAAACUGUAGAUUGUCUACAGGGUGUGCUCACCGUCAUUCCUAUGCAGCUUUUGGCUUACCAUAUUGCUGUUCUUCGUGGGUGCAAUGUGGAUUGUCCCAGAAACCUUGCUAAGUCAGUAACAGUUGAAUGACUUGAU